CAUACAGCAUAUGAAUCUAGUCGCAGGGAUCUGGACUUUGGAAAUACGCAGUACUUUUGACAGGAGUGGCGCGGCUGCAUUUCGGCGUUUUCAUCCAUUUUUGUGGACUUACUUUCGCUUUGCUCGCAAACCUUAAGGAAACAUCAUGCUGCUCCUCUUACUGGGAAUCGUCGUCGUGCAUGUGGCAGCACUGGUUCUGCUCUUCGUAUCAACUAUAGUCAGUGCAUGGGCUGUUAACCCCAACAGCAGUUCAGACCUCUGGACGAACUGCACCACAUUGAAUGGAGUGUCCAGAUGUGACCCUGCUGACACUGGAGUUUGGAUCCAGGCAGUCCAAGCUCUCAUGAUCCUGUCAAUCAUCUUCAGCUUCCUGUCUCUCUUCCUGUUCUUCUGCCAGCUCUUUACUCUCCAGAAGGGCGGACGCUUCUUCCUCACUGGAGCCUUCCAGAUCUUUGCUAGUCUUUUCGUUAUGAGUGGAGCUAUCAUUUAUACUGUAAUGAACUCCGAAUGGGUCCAUGAGUCAGAGUCCUAUGGCUUUUCCUACAUCCUGGCCUGGGUAGCCUUCCCUCUGGCGUUCAUAAGCGGCUUAAUCUACGUCAUCUUGAGAAAACGAGAGUGAGGUGGCACUACUCUCUAGUGGCCGCCACCUGGAAAUACAGCUUUGAAGCCAAAGUAUCGCACUGCACCCACAGAGAAGUGAAAUCACUCAGUAUCUUCACCCAGGGGGUCAGUCAAAAUCAACCCCGAUGCCACCCCGAAAAGACAUAUUCAAUACUGUCAUCAUUUGAAGAUGUGUAUAUAGUAUCUUUAGUUUAAAACCUAUUUAUAACACUUUUUACAUACAUGUACAUAGUAUUUUAUGUUUGCUCUGUUGACAAAGAACCUCUGAGAGCUUUUCUUUUAGCUAAUUAAGUGCCUAGAGUGUGUGUUUGUCGCAGAAAUGUGCAUCAUUAGCCAUAAUGUGUGUUUGUCAAUUUUUCUUUCCUUAUAAGGCCAAAAAUACUUAUAAAAAGGUUUUUGAUGUAUUUGAACCAAAGUGCAUGUAUUCAAUUAUAGGGACAACGAAAGGAAGCGUUUUCAGUGAAGCUGCAUUGAGAAUUUAGAGAUGAAGUAACACACUAUAUCAUUAGUUUUGAAAGCUUUUAUUAAUAGUUUUUCUUUGUUUUCCAACAAAAAAUGGUGCUAUGUAUUUACCAUUCCUUUAACUAAUAGCCAUUUAGACUUUAUUUAAAAGGACAUAACAUGACUGAAAGCCAAAAUCAGAACGCUAUUGAAUAUUUUGUACUUGUGCCUAUAACACAAUGCUGUAUAUACAGUACUCGUCGAAAAAAAGGUUAAUUUUAUAAUAAAACAAAAAAAAUGUGUUCUGAAUAACAUGUGGUUAUUAGUUUAGAUUUGGGAGAUUGCGAUGGAGGAAUUGUAGUAAAAACAGAGACUAGGAAUUAUUGAUUUUAGUUGGAUUUUGAAAGUUACAUUUAAGAGCAGUAUUAGCAGCAUGAUUUGAGAAAGGCAGUAAUUCAGUUUAAUAAAUGUCACUUAUAUCAUCCAAAUACAAUUCAGAUGUAUAAUGUUUGAUGGAUUUGGUCACUCGUUAGCUGUUAAUAUAAUCGGGGCAUUACAUAAUUAAACAGUUGAGGCGAACACCCUUCAUAUUCAAAUCAGACAAGCAUAUAAAUAUAAAAUAAACAUGAUCUAAAGGUAUAGUUUUUUCCAAGUAUCAAAAUGACAGCUUAAAAUCCUCUAUAUACACAAUAUAUCCAGAAAAACAUAUUUAAAAGCAUCCAAGUGGCAGUUUUGUUGUGUAAAAAUGUGUUAUGAACUGACCACUUAUAACAUGAUGGCGGACACAUCAUAACACCUGCAUGCAUGGAAAGAUUUUUCAAUACUUGAAAUAUAACAUGCUGCGAUGUCUACCAUUUUUGAGAUGCUCCGUUUCUACUCACAUAACUCACAGUAAUUCCCAAUGUACUGUAAUAGCAUGUGAUUGUAUUAAAAGAGACACGUAUUACUUACAAUUAAAGGCCCUAUUCUGAGGACCAUGUAUUAGAUUGCUUCUCAUGCAACUCCAAAAACAAUAAAUGAUGUUUUGUUAUGAUGAACUGUU